AUGGAGUCUUCAGGGGCAGAUAAGGGUUUCUUUCAGAAGGCGCCAGUUCUGAAGAACCAGUUUCAUGAUGAUGCCUCGUUCCAGAGGUGCUUCAGGCUGUUUCUUUCUGCGGAUGUAGUGUCCAAGGCAGAGGGUGAAGUAUCGUCGUUUGGACAAGAUGUCAUUUCUGAUCAGAUCUUUACGUGGAUUACUGAUUCGGAACAUAAUAAGCCGUAUCUCAAAGGCUCAGGGAGAGAUGCCUUUGGGAAAUGGAAGGGCGAGCUGAUAACGGGUGAGGGAUGGCGGAAUUUGCAAGACUUUGGGCUCUCAAAGGGAAUGGUAGCAACUGGAUAUGACACCCCAUAUGGCGCAUUCUCCCGGCCCCUACAGUUCCUCCGCACCCACCUCUGGGUAGGAUCCUGCGCAAACGUAGGUUGCCCAUCCGCCAUGCAAGACGGCGCAGCGUGUCUCCUUCGUCGCCACCUCACUCACCCAAAACUCUCUGCAGCUCUAUCCUCAGAAGAGAAGAAGGUCUUUGAGAAUGCCUACAGACGACUUACAUCUCGUGAUCCCGGAUAUGCCUGGACGAGUGGACAGUGGAUGACGGAACGAACAGGCGGGAGCGACGUUUCCCUCACCGAAACUGUCGCGACAUAUCAGCCUGAGGGAGCCAAGGGAUUCGCCUCUAAACAGGAUCAGAUUCCUCUGGGGCCAUGGUCCAUCAACGGAUUCAAGUGGUUUUCUAGUGCUACCGAUUCCGAAAUGUCCGUCCUGCUCGCUCGAACUGCCGCCGGCGGAUUAUCAACCUUUCUCGCUCCCAUGCGGAAGCACGAUCCGCAAGCCACGACACUAACAGGCGAGCCCAAGGACGACGGCCGCACGCUCAACGGUGUCCGCAUCCAGCGCCUCAAGAAUAAAUUCGGCACACAGUCCCUCCCCACUGCGGAACUUGUCCUCGAGCACAUGCGCGGCUGGAAGAUUGGCCAAGAAGGAAGGGGUAUCCACGAAAUCAGCACCAUCCUCACACUCACGCGAGUUCACUCUGCAGUCGCAGCAGUAGGCGGCGUAGGUCGCGGUCUAGGAAUUGCGCGAGCAUACGCCCUCGUACGAGAAGUCGGUGCCGGCAACAGAAAGAGAAUGAGGCUCGUCGACAGCCCCCUUCACAUGAGGACCCUGGCCAAGAUGUCAGCAGAGUACCACGGCCUCAUGCUCGUCACCUUUUACACGUCCUACAUCCUCGGCGUGUCAGAGCACGCGCUGGACACGAAGCCCUCGUCGGCACUAGACGUCCUCACACCGCAGAAGAAGCUGGUCGAGCCGCUGCUCCGUAUCAUGACGCAGCUCGCCAAGGCGUACGUGUGCAAACCGUCCGUGGCACUGCUAUUUUCGUGCAUGGAAUCCCUCGGCGGGGUGGGCUACCUCGUCAACGAGGAGCAGGAAUAUCUGAACAUUUCGCGCAUAUACAGGGAUACGUGCGUGCUGCCCAUCUGGGAGGGCACGACGGAUGUGCUGUGCACGGAUUUGAUACGGGCUAUGAAGCAUGUGCGCGGAGGGGCGGAAUCUCUGUCCGCGUUGGAUGAGGUUAUUCGUAAGGCGUGGGAGUUUCGGGGCAAGAUUGGAAGACCGACUGGUUGGAAACCAGUUGAGAAAUGGGAGGUGUUGAGGAGGAAGAUUGAGAAGACGGAGCAGGCGGACUUGAUGGGCGAGGCGAGGGAGGUUGUGUGGCUGCUUGGUGACAUCAUUACUUCGCUGUUGUCGUAUGUCGAUGCUGGUACGGAUGGGAGUGUAGUUGCGAAGGAGGUGUUUACGCGGUUUGUGGAAGACAAGUUUGGGGUGGAGAGGAGGGUGAGGGCAAAUACAGAGGAGGAGUUGAAGAAGGAUUUGGAGAUUGUGUAUGGCGAGACGAGAGGCAUGGCUGCCAAGUUGUAA